UUAUAUGCUAAUUUUAAAAUUGCAACAGUUGGAAAUUGUAAUACAUCAAAACCAUCACUUUUAGAUUUUAGGGGUAGAGCAAAAUGGGAUGCAUGGAAAGAGAAGGAUGACAUCACCAAAGAACAAGCCAUGUUACAAUAUAUUGACAUUGUAGAAAAGGCAAAUGAAUUUGGAUCUAAUCCAAAAGAGAGAUGGACUUAUGUUUCUACAAUGUCAUAUGAAGAUGAUGAUGACAAUUCAAAGGAAGAAGAUGAUGAUGCUAUAUUUAAAUAUGUGAAACAAGGCAAGUUGAAUGAAGUAAAUGAAAUAAUAUUGGAUCAAGAUAAAAAAACGGAUUUAAAUAAGAAAGACAAUCAGGGCUUGACACUUUUACAUUGGGCAUGUGAUCGUGGACAUUUAGAUAUUGUUAAAUUGUUAAUUGAAAAUGAUGCAGAUAUAAAUGUUUUGUGGAAAAUCUUAUAA